AAAUGGAUAUCGUCACUCACAAACAGAAUUACACAUUCAACUACCCCUGACGUCUGACUUGCUUGCUUACUUUUCCACUCGCCAGGAGGAGCCAAGACCUGAAAAAAAAAAGAAAAGAAAAAACUGGUGCCAACAAGAAGUCCCGUGCUGAGCAUUGCUUUUUCCUGAUGGGGGUCUUAUAAAAACGCAGAGCAGGGCGCCUUUCUGAAAGAGCUCGGCGAUCCGGAUUUUGUGGCAGCAUUCAGGUUCAGAACCCUGAUUGCUGUUCAGCUUCAACCCAACCAGAACCGACAUGGGAAGUGCAGAGUUGGAGCAAGCCAAGGUGCUCUCGGGCAUGGAUUGUUCGAAACCUCCAUCGAGGACUUGGCAGAGGAGAUUCGACGAUGAAGGCAAGAAGGUUGCAAUGUUCAGCAUGACCAUGAGGGAUAUGAUAUCAAUUGUGCCCUUGAUUGUCAAAGCAUUGCAAUUGCAAGUUGAAGAUAGUGCAAAAGGCCGAGCUACGGUUUAUGAUCCACUGAGAAAAUGGAUGGAUAACUGCUACCGUGGAGUACCGCUCGGUGGGAUAGGUGCAGGAAGCAUAGGGAGAAGCUACAGAGGGUACUUUCAGCAAUUUCAGAUAUUCCCAGUGACAAAUGAAGAGAAACCUAUCUUAGCAAAUCAGUUUUCAGCAUUUAUUUCGCGCCCGAAUGGGAAGAAGUACUCCACGGUGUUGUCUGCGCCGACUGCGGAUCUCCUCAAGGGAGUUGAUAAAGCCGGUAUUGGAUCUUGGGAUUGGAAGCUGAAGGAGGACAAAUGCACUUACCACGCCCUGUUUCCAAGAUCAUGGACAGUAUAUGAUGGUGUGCCUGACCCUGAAAUCAAGAUCGCCUGCCGUCAGAUAUCGCCCUUCAUCCCUCACAAUUACAAAGAGAGCAGCUUCCCUGCUGCGGUUUUCACGUUUACGGUGCACAACUCUGGGAGCACACCUGCAGAUGUGACGCUGCUCUUCACCUGGGCUAACUCAGUUGGUGGGAAAUCAGAACUGACCGGGAAUCAUAGCAACUCAAAAAUGAAGGAUCAGGACGGUGUCAGUGGCGUUCUCCUGCAUCACAGGACGGCCGGCGGGCACCCUCCGGUGACGUUCGCGAUCGCAUCCCAGGAGACGGACGGCGUCGGUGUCAGCGUCUGCCCGUCGUUCACGAUGGGCCCGUCCAGCUCCGGCGGCUUCACGGCGACCGACAUGUGGGACCAGAUCAAGAAGCACGGCUCGUUCGGGCACGCCGGCGCCGGCGACGCGCCGACGGCGGCGUCGAAGCCCGGGUCCUCCGUCGGUGCGGCGGUGGCGGCGUCGGUGGCCGUGCCGGCGGGGGCGAGGCGGGUGGUGUCCUUCUCGCUGGCCUGGGCGUGCCCCGAAGUGAAGUUCGCCGGCGGCACGACGUACCACAGGAGGUACACCAAGUUCUACGGCGUCGAUGGCGACGCAGCUGCAGAGCAACUGGCUCAUGAUGCUCUUCUUGAGCAUAUGAACUGGGAGUCCCAGAUCGAGGAGUGGCAGAGGCCGAUCCUGCAAGACGAAACGCUGCCUGAAUGGUAUCCAAUUGGUCUGUUCAACGAGCUCUACUACCUCAACGCUGGAGGCACCAUCUGGACAGAUGGACAUCCUCCGAAGAAGGCCGGCUUCGGUUCAUCCGGGCCGUUCUCCCUCGACACGCCCCGCGUUGCAGACGGCGCCGCCGCCAACGUCACCGGCGGCGGCGGCAGCGCGGUGGACGGCAUCAUGAGCGCCAUGGCAUCGGCGGCGGAUCGCUCCCACGCGGCGUCGGCAGCUUUCGGCCCGGCGCUCCUUCGCGGCGGCGAGGAGAACGUGGGGCAGUUCAUGUACCUGGAAGGCAUGGAGUACAACAUGUACAACACCUACGACGUCCACUUCUACUCCUCCUUCGCCCUCCUCGCCCUCUUCCCUCAGCUCGAGCUUAGCCUGCAGCGCGACUUCGCCAUGGCCGUCCUCAUCCACGACCCGCGCCUCCGUCACACCCUCGACGGGAAGACCGUCCGCCGCAAGGUCCUCGGCGCGGUGCCGCACGACGUCGGGCUCAACGAUCCAUGGGUCGAGCUGAACGCGUACAUGCUCCACGACGCGGCGCGGUGGAAGGACCUCAACCCAAAGUUCGUGCUCCAGGUGUACCGCGACGCCGCGGCCACGGGCGACGCGGCGUUCGCGGCGGCGGCGUGGCCGGCGGUGUACGUGGCCAUGGCGUACAUGGACCAGUUCGACCGGGACGGGGACGGGAUGGUGGAGAAUGAUGGCGUCCCGGACCAGACGUACGACAUCUGGUCGGUGUCCGGCGUCAGCGCCUACACCGGCGGGCUCUGGGUCGCCGCGCUGCAGGCCGCCGCCGCCAUGGCGCGCAUCGUCGGCGACCGCGCCGCCGAGGCCUACUUCAUGGUGAGGUACAAGAAGGCGAGGCGCGUGUACGACGGCGAGCUCUGGAACGGGACCUACUUCAACUACGACAACAGCGGCGGCGCGACGAGCUCGUCGAUCAUGGCGGACCAGCUCGCCGGGCAGUGGUACGCGCGGGCGUGCGGGCUGGAGCCGGUGGUGGAGGAGGCCAAGGCCCGGAGCGCGCUGGCCACGGUGCUCGACUACAACGUGAUGCGGGUGAAGGGAGGCGCCGUCGGGGCGGUGAACGGGAUGCGGCCCGACGGCGCCGUGGACGCGUCAUCGACGCAGUCCAAGGAGGUGUGGCCCGGCGUGACGUACGCCGUGGCGGCGGCCAUGGUCCACGAGGGCAUGACGGAGUCCGCGUUCCGGACGGCGAAGGGCGCACACGACGCCGCCUGGGGCAAGGACGGCUUCGGGUACGCGUUCCAGACGCCGGAGGCGUGGACGGAGGACGGCGGCUACCGGUCGCUGCACUACAUGCGGCCGCUGGGAAUCUGGGCGAUGCAGUGGGCGCUGUCGCCGCCGGAGCUCCACAAGGAUCUCAGGGCGGCGGCCUCGGAGGAGUCGCCGGCAGACGCCGCCCUGGGGCAGGCGCAGUUCGAGAAGGUGGCGAGCAUGCUGAAGCUGCCGGAGGAGGAGCAGCCCAAGGGAUACCUUUGGGCCAUCUACAAUCUCAUUAGGCAAAUGGUGUUCCCAGCAUAAGAGCUGGAAAAAUAAUAUUAUCGUGCAGGGCAAAUCCAUGCCUUCAAACAGUCAGUGUUCGGUGCCGGUUAGGAACUGCCACGAGAUUUGUCACCGGAAUGAUAAUGAAUAGUUCAUACGUGAGCAAUGAUGAAACUUCAAGCUUCCAACG